AUGACUAUCAAACCUGUUUUUGACGUGGCAGUAGUCGGUGCAGGCCUCAGUGGUCUCCAAGCAGCUCAUGUGGUCAAAGCAGCAGGACUGACCGUUUGUGUUUUGGAGGCCACCGAGCGGGUGGGGGGAAAGACGCUUACAAUGAGAUCAACUGAGAGAGGAUUCAACGAUUUGGGCGCAGCAUGGAUAAACGAUACAAACCAGAGCGAAAUGUUCAAAUUAUUCCAGCGAUAUGGCAUAGACGCAGAGAUCCAGCGUGCCUGUGGCUAUGAUGUCAUCCAGCUGGCUGACGGAUCUGUGAUAAAGACCCCUUAUGGCCAGCUUCCGGGUGAUCCAAAAUUACUUCAAGAUCUGCUGGAGCUACUCCGGACAGAAGCGUCCAAAGCAAAUCUGAACAACCCCUGUGAUUCUGACGGUGCCAAGGACAUCGAUAAAUUGACAUUUCGAGAGUUCUGCGUCCAAAGAACGGAAAAUGCAGAAGCAUCUGGGAUCGCAGAUACCGUCUGCGCAGCAUUGCUCGGAGUGGAGAGCAAUGAAGUCAGUGCACUCUACAUGCUCCAUUAUUUCAAGUGCGGCACCGGAAUCGACAAUUUACUCUCCGACGGGAAAGAUGGAGGACAGUACCUGAGAAAUAGGCAAGGAAACCAAACAAUCUCGAAGAAACUAUCUGAAGAGCUUGGCCCGAACACCGUGAAACUGCAAACACCAGUUGUUUCGAUCGACCAGUCUCAAAAGGACAAAUGCGUAAUUCGCACAGCAACCGGAGAAAAAAUCUACUGCCGCAAAACAAUUAUCUCGAUUCCAACAACAUUAUAUCACACAAUAUCCUUCAAUCCACCAUUGCCUGCAACGAAGACCAUCUUGAGUGACAAUGCAGUAAUGGGCUACUACAGUAAGAUGAUCUUCGUCUUCAAAGAGCCCUGGUGGCGCAAAGCCGGCUUCUCAGGUGUCUUGAGUCCCGAAACGGGGCCCAUUAGCUUUACCAGAGAUACCAGCAUCCCCGCCGAUGAUCAGUGGUCAAUUACCUGCUUUAUCGUUGGGGAGCGUGGAAGGGCAUGGUCGAAGCUUUCUCGAUCAGCUCGCUAUAACCAGGCAUGGGGGCAAAUAAGUCAGUCUUUUGGGAAGUUUGUUCACAGUGUCCCUGCGCCUUCGAAUCACUUGGAGGUAGAGUGGUCAAAGCAAGCUUUUUUCCUCGGUGCCCCUUGUCCAGUCAUGACACCAGGGACCCUCACGAGCGUGGGAGAGAACCUCACCCAGCCGUUUAAGAAUGUGCAUUUUGUGGGAACUGAAACUGCUACUGUUUGGCGCGGGUACAUGGAGGGUGCCGUCCGCUCUGGUCAGCGGGGGAGGUACUGA